UUUUUUUUCCACUGGUGAGGGAUGCCCAGACCCUUCCCUGGUGAUCCCGUGGGACUCCUGAGCCAACUGUGGUCAGCGCAGGAGCCGUGGUGGAUGGGACCCAGCACCGAGGGCAGGCAGCUGCCUCAUCCCCUUUCUGUGUCCAGCUGAAUCGUGCGAGAAAGAGCCUCUACCCACAGUCCCGAGUCCCCACAUCCUGCUGCCGAGCAUCGCUUCCCCCUUCCCAGACGCUGCCCAUCUCCGCACCGAGCCCGGCAGCUGGUUUAUGCCACCGGCUGCUGGGGUGGUGUUUUUUCUUUGGGUUUGUUUUUUUUUUCCUUUCCUCCUCAUCCUCCCAUCGGCAAUACGUGCCUGUCCUUCGCAGCAUGAGAAGGCUCAACGAGACCCACGGCACCCUCCGAAGCCACUUAAGCUGGGGGUCGUUUGCAUGCAAGCCCUAACGAGGUUAUAGAAGGAGCAGAGACGGGCGAUCCCACCUCCGUGCACCCAAAACACACGGAGAUUUAUUAAGUUCAGCUCGGUCCCUAGAUCUGCGCAGAGGGAGCUGCCUUUGUGCCCCGGGACACUGAACCAUCGCUGCCCCCACCCCGUCCUGCCGGGUGUCCGGUCACACCGAGAGCACGGCACGGCCUCGGAGAGGAGAGAUAAUGGCACUUUCCAAUUUGUCCAACUACUUGGAUGAUGUCGAUAACUACAGUGACUACCCGGAUUACGCCUAUGAGGAGACCAGCAGCGUGUGGACAGACCCAUCCCAUGACCCAAAGGACAUUGCGAGGAUCCUCUCUGUUGUCAUCUACAGUGUGUCCUGCGUGUUGGGCAUCUUGGGGAAUGGCCUCGUCAUCGCAAUCAUAACUCUGAAGAUGAAGAAGUCGGUCAAUGCCAUCUGGUUCCUCAACCUGGCUGUCGCUGACUUCCUCUUCAACAUCUUCCUGCCCAUAAACAUUGCUUACACGGCCAUGAGGUACAACUGGAUUUUUGGGACAGUCAUGUGCAAGUUGAACUCCUUCCUCCUCAUCCUCAACAUGUACACCAGUGUCUUUCUGCUCACCACCAUCAGCUUUGAUCGCUACGUGUCAGUGGUUUUUCCCGUCUGGUCUCAAAACCAUCGGUCGACCAACCUGGCGUAUUUAGUUUGCUUGAUUAUCUGGACCAUUGGCAUCAUUAUGAGCUGCCCAUCUCUUGUCUUCCGAGACACGGCACAAACCCGCAACUCUGUGAUAUGUUUUAGCAACUUUUCCCUCUCCAGGAAUAAAUCUUACCAAGCCCUGGCACUCAUGAGGCACCGAACAGUGAACGUCACCAGGUUUCUCGCUGGGUACAUCCUUCCCAUAACCAUCAUCACUUUUUGCUACAUUGCAAUCGUCCUCAACUUGCGUCGAAACCGUCUUGCCAAGUCCAAAAAGCCCUUCAAAAUCAUCGUCAGCAUUAUAGUCACCUUUUUCCUUUGCUGGAGUCCUUACCACCUUCUGAACCUGCUGGAAACAAUACCCGACACGAUUCCACGCUCUGUGUUUGAGAUCAGCAUCCCCAUAACCACGGCACUCGCUGCCUCCAACAGCUGCAUGAACCCUGUCCUCUACGUCUUCAUGGGCCAGGACUUUAAGAAGUUUAAGGUCACCAUCCUUUCCAGACUGGUGAAUGCCCUCAGUGAGGAGACAGGCCACUCUAGCAUUGUUCACAGGAGCUUCUCCAAGAUGUCUUCAAUGACUGAGAAGGAGACGACAGUCCUCUAAACUCAAGCUGGAUGCCUGCAGGAGGGCCAUAGUCCUGUGGUGUUGCCCAUGCCUACCAUUAUGAUGGUGGCCACCCUUGCAGUGGCCCCUGGUGGGGGAGGAGCAUGGUCCAACCCUAUCCUAUAGUGUAUUCUUUGACUGCUCUUGCUGCCUGGGGGCUGGCAGGCGUUGGAGACCACCGCUCUGUGCCCAUGAGGAAGAUACAACCACCCUUAAUUUGUCCUUGCAAUUGCAAAGAUGGUUGCACGAAACUAUUUAAGAAAACAUUUCAGGGCAUUCUUGUCUAAUCUAGGCAUUGCCUGGCCAAGGGCAUUCCGGCUCUUUCCAGAGACAUCAUUAUGGAGAGACUGGACAGAGGAUGUGUCUGGGAAAGCAUCUCCACUGCCAGGUUCCUGAUGGGUGGCUGGAUGGGGAGCCAUCAUGGACGAUACCUGCUACGGCAAAACUGGUGACACUCUUUCUAUGUCCUAUGUAUGCAUAUAGCUACUUAUGUUAAAGUCCUAAAGUAUA